UGUAACACAUUCCUAGCAACUCCCAAAUGAAAAAAUAAGAAGAGUCAGUCAUUGUCUUGGUCCUAACCCUAUAUUUCCGUGCUCUAACCUAGUUUUAUAUUCUUGUUUUGUUGUUUAUGUUUUGCCUAUUAUUAAUUAUUUGCAAUUUUAAACAUGUUUAAAACCUUUAGUGUCGCAAUGAAACUUGGACAAGCAGUGGCUAAGUAUUCCAAGCAGAUAGCGAAACCUUUACCAAUAAAAAAAGCAAAGGCAGCUGGUAAUGCGAUUCAAAACUUCAUAGAUUCAAGGCAAUUCCGUGCAAUAGGAGGCAAAGGUGGCGACGGUUGCAUUUCAUUUUUGCAACUGUGGUGUAAUGAACAUGCGGGACCGGAUGGAGGUGACGGUGGUCAUGGCGGACAUGUUAUACUUAAAGCCACUUCUGAUGUGAGAGACCUAGGCAAAAUGCCAACUUUAGCCGAGGCCGAAGAUGGAGAAAAAGGUUCAAAUAAGGAUUGUAAUGGAAAAAACGCAAGUCAUAUGAUAAUUGACGUUCCUAUAGGUACUGUAAUAAAGGACAAUAAUCACAAAGUAGUGGGAGACUUAAAAAAAGAGGGUUUGAUGUUUAUUGCGGCAAGAGGUGGGGCUGGAGGGAAAGGAAAUCAUUUUUUCGCCUCGGAUAUUGAGCAAACUCCCAAGAUUUGCGAGUUCGGUGCUUUAGGUGAAGAUUUGGAAUAUACUGUGGAAAUUAAGAGUAUGGCUCAUGUAGGACUAAUAGGGUUUCCUAAUGCAGGCAAAAGCACUUUACUUAGAGCAAUUUCUAGAGCUAGACCCAAAGUGGCACCAUAUCCUUUUACCACCUUAAAGCCCUAUUUGGGUAUAGUAGAGUAUGAUGAUUAUGAGCAAGUUGCAGUUGCUGAUCUACCAGGCUUAAUCCCAGACUCGCACAAAAACAAAGGUCUAGGCAUACAAUUUUUAAGACACGCAGAAAGAUGUAUGGCCUUAGUAUUUGUGCUAGAUGCCUCCUUAGAUGAACCAUGGAACUACUUGGAGAUACUUCAAUAUGAACUUUCACAAUUCGAUGAACGUUUAAGACAGAGACCCCAUCUACUUGUCGCUAAUAAAAUCGAUUUGCCGGAAGCUUUGGCCAAUAUUGAAAAAAUUAGAGAGGAAACUGGGAUGAAAGUAAUUGGGGUUAGUGGAAAAACUGGAGAAAAUGUAGAGGAACUUUUAAAAGAAAUUAAAAUUAUUUAUGACAAGAAUAGAGAGUUGGAGGAGAAAGAAAAUUAUGAGAGCUGAUGUGAGUAGAAUUAUCUUAAGGACAAAUUGUGAUAUUAUUCUUUUAAGAGACUAUUAAAAAAAUCCAGAAGA